ACUAUUAGCUACUGAUAUUCCAGAGCCUCUUACCCUCCAUCCUGAAAUAACCUCAUACCUCUGUAUUACCGCCUAGCCCUCACAACAACCUCAUAUAACCUCAACCAUGUCCUCCGAACCACAACCCAUCACCCCCGCCGCCUUCGCAGAGGCGCUCAAAGCCCUCCCCCUCUCCGCCGUCUACGCCAAAGUAUCUGAGAUCCGCAACUCGAUCGCGCAUCUCCACCGCUCGAACGCAGAACUGAAGCUAUUCAUCGAAGAAUCCACGGAAACAGAGAGCGACAAGCGCGAGUUGGAGAGCUACAUCUCUGAAAACGAGGGGGUUAUCGAGACGAUGAACGAGAGGGUAGAGUUGUGCAAGGCGGAGGUUGAGGAGCGGGGACAGCAGUGGAUAGAGCUUGAUGCGGAUACAGAGGAGCAGGGAACUGUGGCUGCUGAGGGAGAGGAGGCGUCGACUGCUGAUUCUGCUGCGGCGCAUGCGUCUGGGGUUAAUGGGAUUAAUGGGACGGGUGGAAGUGGGAUAGAGGGAGGGGAAGCACGGGUUGGUGGUGCGAGUGCUGCUACGACAAAUGGGACUUCAUCUCAGCAGAGCAUGCCAGCAACGGGGCAGCAGGAUGUGGAAACGGAAGAGGAGGGUGUUUAUCUGUGAAGUCUUACCGGGUGCAGCUGUCACAUCCAGCAGAAUAGAUAUUUUGUUGAGAGAAGGCCGCCGUUGGCUGUCUCCGUAGGGAGAACUGGACCCUGCUUCGAAGGACCACGCAGCAUCUCAGUACAGGGCUUUGAUGCAGACCUCAGGAUUGAAUGUCAUUGAUACAGGCUCGUCAGAAUGGGGGUAGUCAAGUCGAAGUGAGCAUGGAGAAUCGAGACGCUCUUCUCAAGAUACACCCGUCUGGUUAUGAAAAGGGAGAAGCAUUCGAAUUGAGUUGUGAUUUUUCGAAUAUCAGGGACACCCAAGAUUCCGUCACCGAAUGUGAUGUUAUCAUUCAUGUUGCAAGGGAAAA